AAGAAGUUAAGGAACUUCUCAACCAAUAUAUAGUCCAUUAUGGCCUUGAAAUGGACAUAAUAAACAUUUCAAAUAAAAUUUACUUCCGUACGAACGGAUACAAGGGACUUGUUGGUGCCUGCUUCAGGGCAAUUGAAACAGAAGUCAUGCCAGGAGAGUGUGAACUUUCAUCCGAUGGCUGGGUUGAAUAUUCAUCAACAAGGCUUAUCAAAUUUAUUAAAGGAAGUGGCGCAUUUAAGUCCAUUACCAGGGCCAUUAAUGGACUUUCCCAGAAUAAAACGGAUCUAAUUGGAAAUAUUUUACAUUAUAGUUCAUAUACGUGCCAUGAAUUAGAUGAUGAUGAAUUAGAUUUUCUUCUUGCUGAAGGAUUGAUUAGGUCCAAGGAUGUGAAUGAAGUUCAUAAAGAAUUAGAAUGUUCUUCACUAAUUCUUCGUAGCACCAUACUUUCCAUGAUAAGUGGACCCGAAUUUGAAGCCAUUAACCCACCAUUGUCUACGGAUGAAGUUGACACUCAAUGGCUAAUAGAAAACAUCAUAGAGCACAUCGCUGUACAACACGUGUUUGCCCAACAAGCUCUCAAUAACAACAACAGCCCAUCAGAAUACGCGUUUCAGGCAGAAUUCACUAGUAUCUUAAAAUAUUUGCUCUCCACGGUAUAUCCUGAUUUACAAUAUAGGGUUAUUGUGGAAGCAAGGGAUAAGGAUGCGAAUGAAAAUAGUCUGAAACGCAUUGAUAUACUCAUUAGCGCCAACAACCAACCAGCUUAUGGAUUUGAAUUAACAGUCGAAGCGAACCAAAGGAAAUUCGAUGAACAUGUGGUUCGUACAGUUUGUUAUCGUGAUAUACAUAAAUGUCGUAUAUUCGUAAUUAAUAUUUGCACGAAUGAUAAGCUGGUUGAUUACUUUGGACAAAAGCAUGAGGACGUGGUUCCUCUACACGUUCUCUAUAAUAUUGACAAAGGAACAGCAGAUAUAAUAUAUGAAGACCGUAAAAAAUUGGUGCACAUAAAACGGUCUUCGUGGCAAAUAAUGCUUAACUGA